AUGGCCACAGUCUGACCCUAAACGAGCUUAGCAGGGUUUGUCAGCUUGCUGUCGCCAAGGCGGCUCCCUUCUCCUCGCUUAUUAUAGUUCAGAAUCUUUUUCGAUUUGAGAUUGGUCCCAACCCAACCGUCCUUCCAACUAUUGUUCCUGAUCCUCCCCUCUUCCUCAAUGUAGACUCCUUUCCAAGAAGGUCGUGUGAGAUGCUGCCACUUCCUCGCUGA